UUUUACGCUCCUAUUGUGGGACAAUCGAACUGUAGAUACAGUGAACAUGGCCAUUCGAAUUGCGAAAGUCUUAAUAAGCGACGAAAUAGAUGAUGUUUGCUUGGAUAUUCUUCGCAAAGCAGAGGUUGAAGUUGUAAAAAAUACUAAUCUUACAAAGGAGGAACUAUUGCAAGAAAUUUCGGUACGCUAAAUUCAUUUUUAUACCGUGCGCUACAAGCAUAACAAAGCAGAAUUUCAUUUCAAUAUGAAAGUAGACUGAACGAAAUUUAAUUUGACCCACAUGUGGUUACGUUGUUGUAUUUGUCACGUAGGCAGAUUUUUCCUUUAAAAUGAAUCGUUUGCACUGCAAGACAGAAAGAGAAAAGCUGAAACUGAAACCAUCUUAUAAAGAUUAUGACCGCUGAGUUGUUGAAGUUAAUGAGGCAGCAAUUAUUUACAUUUCUUGAAAUCUCUAAAAUACAAACUGCCCUCCAGGGGUGCAUGCGACUGCGACGAGUGUGUUUACUGUUUACAUUUACUAUUUAGAGGUGUUAAAAACUUAAACUUAAAUAGUACUAAAAAGAGUAUAUAAGUAUAAGUAUAAGCUUAGUAUAAGCAUAUCUAACACCAGGAAUGUGAGUGAUGAAUAUAUAAGGGCCUAGGCCUAAGCCUUUAUGACUCAUAAUAUAAUUUAAUUUAUUAUUUAUAUAGUUAAUAAUAUAAUAAUAUAGACAAUAGACCAAUAAACAUAGAAUUUAAAUAACAUAAUAUAAUAUAUUAUAUAUCAUUGUUCUAUUUUGAGGGCAAGGUCUACACAUAAAUUAUAAAGGCUAUCAUAAUAUUUCCACUGGCUAGAGACACAAGUCUAUGACUAUAAUUUGUAAUAAAAUUAUAGUAGGCUAAGUAGGAUUAGGCACAGAGUCAGAGCAGCAGCAUCAUCAAUAAUUUACACUGCCACAAAUAUCAUUUUAUAAAAAUUAUGAUCAGUGUCUUUGUGUCAUAACAGUAACAGACAUAAAAUAUGAUCAAUUCUGAGAGUAGUGAUCAGUGAGGUCUUCUCUAUUCUAUCCUAAGCUGCAGUUACAAUACAAAUAUUUGCUAAUAAAUUACAUUUCAAUCCAUCAUAAAGUCAAAAGAUUGGCAACUAGGGCCUAUAUAUUUUGGCUUACCAAAAUAAUUCUAAGGGUUGAAACCGGGACCUGCUGGAGUAAGUAGCACCAGUGGUGAACUGAGGAGGGGGGAGCAGGUGAAAGCCCUGGGUGGCAUUUAUAUUAAUUUUUUUGUCAUAUAAAUAAUAAUUUAUGUGAGGGGGAGGGGGGGAUUUGUGGGUGUUGACCCUGUGGGACGUAGUCAAAGAACAUCUCAGAUAUUAUGCAAGGUCUGAAAAGCCACAUUGUGUGUGCUGGGGAUAGACCAUUCUCAUUCAUUAUUUAAAUCUACCUUCUGAUAAAUAUCCCUACAUUUUUGUGUCCAAAAUCCCUUAACAGCUCAAAAGAGGGGAGAAUGUGUAAAUUCUAGCCUAGCACUUCUAUCUACUCAUAGGUAGCAGGGUGGCGACACGCGGAACAUUUGGCCCAGUCCCAGGCCUCAUAUGCAAUGGGGCCUCAAAAUUAUAAGUGUUCUAACAUAAAUGGAUGUUGCAAUAUACAAACUUAGACCUUGACAGUCUUUUCAUGCCACAUAUAAUUUAGUUUAGUUACAUUACAUAUGGAAUUUUAUGCCAGCUAAUUUCUGAUAACAUAUACAAGUACAAGGCUUUCAAACAUACAGGACAAAUUAAUUAUUAUUAGAAAAAUUGUGAUUGAAAUUGGUAUGGAAAAUCACACUGACUGGGACACAGUUGCUGAACAAUCAGUGGGGAGUGCCUAUUGUUGCUGGAGAUUACCAUAUUUAUUGGCGUAUAACACGCCCCCCGCAUAUGACACGCACCUCAAUUUAAGAAGGAAAUUUCAGGGAAAAAACUAAACAUUAUAUCGGCGUAUAACACGCACACAUGAUUUGCCCCCUAUUUUCGGGGAGAAAAAGUGCGUGUUAUACGCCAAUAAAUACUGUUCUUAGUCAAGACAGUACAAUUCUAUCAUGCUCACUUCCCAAGACAGCUUUCAGAGAUGAACUCUUCAUGGAAAUGAAAUUAAUGGAGAACCAAUGAGACCAGACAUCCAAAACAAUAAAGGAUGUGGUAAACCGUUAUCUUGACCCUGCAGAUUGCUCCCAUAUAAGCAGGUGAUAAGCGGAAGUGGUUUCACCUCGACAAUGGCCUUAAGCACCAGUAGGCAGUUAGGUCUGAUUGAACGAAAUAACUUUCUACCAUUGCAUUUAUAAGACUUGCAUUGGUUAAUGUCAAGAAGUUAGAGUGGUGACUUAUGUAAAAUACUCUGAGUUUUCUGGAACAAAAUUGCAUGAAGAUUCUGCUGAAUACUCAGUACUAAUAAAUAUAAUUGUUUUUCAGAUUCCGUACAAAUUCUUGUAUGACUAAACCAUUCACUAGACCUGUUUAGUCUUCAAAUCUUAAACUUUUAUGUGGACAGUGUGGCUAUUUUUCCCCAGGUCUUAAAAUAAAUUAGAUAUUCUUUGUCCUAAUACUCCUAAGUUAUCAAUAACAAUAUUAAACAUUUUUUUAGUACCCUACACAAUUCUUCUACUUUUUUCAUAUCUGCGUGCCUUUUCCUGUUCCUCACCAUACAUUAAUGAGGAUGUUUACUUUCACUGAAAUAUCAUGUAUCAUUGCUCAUAUUAUUUAGUUUCAUUUGUAGCUCUAUAUUUUAGCAAAAGGGUUUCAGUCUGCAAAAAUUAUAAAUGUACUUUUUUUUUCUUCAGAAAUAUGAUGGCCUGAUUGUGCGUUCUGCCACAAAAGUUACUGCAGAAGUUAUAAAUGCUGGAGUUAAUCUUAAGAUCAUUGGUCGUGCUGGAACUGGUGUUGACAAUAUAGACACAGAUGCUGCCACUAAGAGAGGCAUUAUUGUCAUGAAGUAAAGAGAUUUUUAAAUUUUAACUUAAAAUUCUUUUAUAUUAUUUUUAGGUUAACAAUUUUAAAAUCUGGAGUUUAUUUUCAUUUACAAAUAUUAAUUUGUAGUGCAAAAUUGAUUCAAAACUUUCUUUUUGUGUAAUGCUAUAAAUGUCUUCUAAAACAUUAUUUAAAAUUAUGCUGUUUUAAACAGUGUUUAAAAGGUGCUCUAUUUUUUGCUUUACUUUAUUCACUAUAGCACCCCUGGAGGCAACACACUGAGUGCUGCAGAACAUACUUGUACUCUUAUAAUUGCUCUUACCAGGUAUAUCAUACUUAUGAUGUUUUGAUAGAUGUGAAAUAUUUAGGCAUAUAUUGCAUUUUAAAAUGCUAAUAAGUUACAUUAAUUGAUUAGUUUAUAACUUUUAUAGCAGUUUCAAGAUGUUCCCCCUCUUGUAACAUCCAGACCUGCUUACUCUUACGAUUUUGGCGUACAAUGUACGAUUUUGAGGUUUAUACAUUAUAUAUACUUUAUGUUUAUUUUUUUACUGUUAAGAUAAUGUAUUUAAAGAAUUUGUCAUGAUAUUGUACGAUUUUAAAAGUUUGAGGGUAAACAGGUCUGAACAUCAACCCAAGUGGUCUAAGUAAUAUCUUUCUUGAAAAGUUUUUGGGACAAGAUUUUAAGCUUCAUUUAUGGGUAUUGUUUGAGCUCUAAAGUGAUAUUUAAAAAAUUUUUUUUUUUUACUUUUGCAUUUUCUAAGAAAUCUUGGUGAGGCUAGCAAAUCAAUGAAAGAGGGAAAAUGGGACAGAAAAAGGUUCAUGGGGACUGAAUUAUUUGGCAAAACCUUAGCAAUCAUUGGACUGGGAAGGAUAGGAAAAGAAGUUGCUCUUCGAAUGCAGUCUUUUGGCAUGACAGUAAGUUUUAAAUUAGAUUAUUUUUGUUUUCACUGUGUUUUAAAAAAUAAAUGAAGUAAUCAUAAGGAAUCUGCACAACUCCUUUUGUACAACUUUGUCAGCAUUUAGGAUUCUUAGCUUGUACUAUUGAAGUCUUAAUGGCACAACUAUACAAGUCUUUACAACUAUACAAGUUUUUACAACUAUACAAGUCUUUACAACACAUACUAUAUGUAAUGUUUAUUGGGUGUUGCUAUUGUGUCAUAUACAGAAUUAAAAAAAAAAAAACAAGCACCACUUCUAAGGACUCAUGUUAAAUUAUUAAAUUUUUUUUCCUCCCAACUAGGAAUACAUCAUUUUAGUUUUAGAGUAUUUUUAUUACAUGAGUUCAUGCAAUUACAAUCCCUCUAAUCAUUAGAUAAUACUUUUGCAAUACUAAUUUUAGACAAUUAAGAGUGUUGGACUGCAUUAAAGCUUUAAAGUUUAACCUAUGUUGUUUUAUUCACACAAUUGUUUGUGUCUCAAUCUAUUGUAGACAAUAGGUUUUGACCCCAUCAUCGGUGCACAAGAGAGUGCUACAUUCAAUACUGAGUGGCUGCCCCUAGAGAAAAUCUGGACCAAAGCUGACUACAUUACUGUACACACCCCAUUAAUUCCACAAACAAAGAGUAAGUUGACUAUCUUCACCUUAAAUUGUUGAUCUGUCCAUGAUGGUCUCAAUUAAUUCAUUUUACUGUGAUGUACUGUGAUCACCAUUUGUUUGAAUGAUUUCCAGUUUCAUCUUUUUUAAUCUCUUCAGAUCUCAUUAAUGAUGCAGUUUUUGCCAAAUGCAAGAAGGGAGUGCGUGUCAUUAAUGUUGCUCGUGGUGGCAUAAUUGAUGAAGAUGCUUUGUUGAGAGCCCUAGAGUCUGGUCAAUGUGGUGGAGCUGGUUUAGAUGUUUUCAUUGAAGUAUGUGCAUUAUUGUGUCAUUUAGUAUAAAUUGACACUUUAUCACUUGUAUUUGUGCAAAAUUUGAUCAACCAAACUGAAUUAUUAAUGUGUUAAAUAUUUUGUUGAAAAUACAUUGUUUUUUUUCUGGGGUCCAAGAGACUAUUUAUUUAAAAAAGUUUCUUUGACUGAUUUUGUUGUAAAGGAGCCACCAAAGGACUACACACUGGCAAAACACCCUAAUGUUAUUGCCACUCCACAUCUUGGGGCAAGCACAAUUGAAGCACAGACAAGAGUUGCCGAAGAAAUUGCUCAGCAGUUUGUGGACUUGUCCCAAGGGAAGUCACUUGUUGGAGCUGUAAGUCCCUCAUUUUAACAUCAUUUAGUUAUUUAGUUUGUAUCUCUUGUUGAGGGUGGAUUCUUAUAAUGCAUGAUUUGUUCUUUAACUGCCACAUUUAAGCAAAAGUCAUAAGAAGUGGAUAUAUUUUGUAAAUAGCUUAAUUUAUUCUUCGAAGGUAUUUAAUGUGAAAAUAGAUUCAGCUACUUUUGAUCUCAAAGGAGCAAUGUCCUUAUGAUAAAUUGUGAUGUAUAUAAAAGCUCUGUUCCUGCUGUUACCAUUAACACAUAUUGAUUUGGUCGCAUAUUUCAUACUUAGAGAAUAACAGUAUCACAAAAACAAAAAGUGAUUAAAUUCUUUUUCUACUUAUUCUUAUUUUGUUAUUAUUCUUUCCCACUGCUAUAGUAAGAAGGAAAGCCAGUUGAUUUCUGGGGAGCUUCUGGUAUCUAGAAUAGUCUUUCUAUUAAGUCUGGUGUAUAGAAUUAAAAUAGUCAUUCUAUUAACUAUGUGCAGCCAAUUUUUUUUAAAAACAUUUUUUGUUAUAAAUUUUCAAAUUCUUGGUGUCUUUUUAGGUAAUCUAAAAUAAUAAGAUACCAUAAAAAGAGUAUUUAUUUAAAACGCAUCAUGUUAUAUAUUUAAUUGUUCAGAAGUGAAUUAGGAUUCAUAUUUUAUCAAAUGUGCUUGAAAAUGAUUGCGAUCAUGAUUGAUAUUUAAAAAGGAUUUUAACAUUUUUUACACAAACGACUUAGUGUAAGAAAGAAAAAAAACCUAACCGUUAUCGAAGAAAUAGUUAAAAUUUAAUUCUGCAAUAUAAUAAACAAAAUCCCCAAAAAACAAUUUUACAAAGACAACCAUUGUUUCUUUAAAAAUAAUUUUUUAAUGAAACGUGUGCAAAGUGUUUUUGUGCUUAAAUUUAGACAAGUGAACUUAUGCAGACUCAUUCAAAUACAAAAUUUAAAAACCUAUUUAAAUAUUUAAAAGUUCAUAUUUAAUACAAAUUCAUUUAAAUACAUUACAAUUAUAACAACUAAUAUGAAUAAUUUUGUUUUUUAAUUAUUGAAAUUUUAAUAAAAAAUGUAAUAAAUAGAAAAAUAAUAAUGAAGCUAGAGCUUACACGAUUAAAUAAGGCCUAAACAAAUACAAAAAGUCCAAGUGUCUUCUAAGCUUAGGGGAUGUUCUAAUAAUAAACAAUUAUUUCACUUAGUUAAAGAGAAAUGUUUAUUUCAAACAUUUAAUUACCAUAACAGUCUGAAGCUCUUUCUUGUCGAGUCAAUAACACUGCAGCAUGAAAUUAGGCUCAUUUACAAGAAACAAAAAUGUAGAGUUCUGUAGGUGUAGUGUUAUUUUCUUCCAGUUAGUGUAGUGGUACUUUUUUUUCUUCUGUGGUUAGCAUAAGCAAUUGUGUAGUCACACAUUUUCAACAUGAUUUCCAUACAGAAAAAAAGUUUGAAGAAAUUUGCUGUAGACCAUAGUUUAUUUGUAAAUGGCAGGUUAGCAUGACAUCAAAGCAAGAUAUUUUUGAUCUAACACAGAUAUAACAAUAGUAUAACACUAUAAUAAUCUUUAUAUAUAUAAUUCGCCAGCAAAGGUCAAACAACAAGACCAAGACGGGUCAAACACCACGCAGGCUAUAUAUAGAUACGCCAGAGCAAGCAAGACGACGACACAGGCAAACCCUCCCCUCGCUUGCCAGCCAGCUCGUGGCGUCUGCUAAUCCGCGGGUCGGCUAUAGUUCAUGGGCGUGAAAUAAAAAGUGUGCAUUGACGUAUCAUGAAAAGGGGGGGGGGGUGGGGUCGUAGCAAAAUGGGAUUCUUAAAUGUGCGUUGCUUGAAUAAAAAAUUAUUAUUACAAAAAUUUUAGCUCCGCCCUCUUUCUUACCAGACGAAAACACUGGAUUUCUCUUUAGUUGUCCCGUAUAAAGUUAAGCUGAAACAUUUUUUUUUCUAAUCAUACCAACUGUUAUGUGUAAUUUACUAACUGUAUUUAAGUAUUAACAAAACUCUUGAGGGCAAUGAAUUUUUUUCUUAAGGUGAAUGCCCCAGCUUUGACACAUGCCUUGAGUCCUGCAUCCCAGCCAUGGGUCAAACUAGGAGAAAGGCUUGGUGCUGUAGGAAGCUUGCUUACAAAAACCUUGUCAGUUAACAAUGUUGAAGUAUUAAUGUACGGUAAGUGGUUGGCUAUUUUAACGUUUAAAAAAAUAAAAAUAUAUAAGAUACUCAUUCCUGAUGUUUGCGACUUAAUUCACCUCUCAUUUAUAUUUUAAAAUAGCAAUGAAAUCUUGCAUUUCUCAAGACUGUCUGUUAUGGCAUAAUUCUGCAUGAUUUCAAUUUAGAAGGGCGGAAGUUUUUAUCUUGUUUCACUUUCGGUCUGUGUUGUUUAGUACAUUGCGACUGUAUCUAGCAUGCGUUCAUCCGAGGUGCCAAAAAUCAAUUUUUUGGUCAUUGCAUGUUAUUUGUUCGCUGUUAAUGUUACAUUUUUAUUAAACCUAAUUCAUUUCUGCAUGCAUUUAUCUAUAAUUCAUUAAUAUUAAUAAAUAUAAGCAGCUAAAAUAAAAUAUUUUACAAAUGUAAAUCGAUGGCAAAGUGGAGUUACAUCCCUUCGUUCAAAAAUAUAAAUGAAGUAUGGAUGCAGCACUGCUGACAGGAAUGAGCUAGCAUAUGAUGAGUUAAAUUAAAUAGUAAAUAGGAUUAAGGGUGUACUAUUAUUGAAAAAAUUUUCGAAAGUCAAUUAUCUUUCAGAUGAGUCACUGGAAAGAGCUGGUCACUAUUUGGUGGCAUCUGUGAUGGUAGGCUAUUUGAAUACAUCAGCUGCUGAAAAUGGAGACAUUUUACCUAAAAAUUUGAACCUUAUCAACGCUCCUGUUUAUGGUAAACAUGCAGGAGUCAAGGUUAGCUGAUUUUAAUUACAUGAAAUUAAAAAGAUUUAUUUUAUUUAGAUAUAUAUUUUUUUAGUUCCUUGCAAGAAUGUAAUAUUUGUGUGUGUGGCUUAAUUCUCAUGCCUUUUAAAUAGAUAUUAAGUAAAAACAUUAUGUUAACACAGAUAAAAUAAUAAUUAUCUGGUUAUUUUAAAGAUUCCUUACACAUUUUUGGCAAACUUUAAUUAAAUGACUUCUAGCUAGCUCUUCAUCUGCUUCAGGUAUUAAAUAAAAGUGCCAUUUGAUUUUUACCCCCCUCAUUAGAAACACAUUUUGCAGUUUUUCAUUCUGCCAAACUAAUAUUUAUCCUAAAAUUAAAGACAGCAUGUAAAGUGGAAAUGAACAUUUGCAUGAAAAUUUAAAAAUCAGAUUUAAUAGAUAACAAUGUUCACUCUUUAUCCCAUAAUUUUAGAACUAAACUCAUAAACCAUGUAAUUUUGUAUUUAUGGACAUAAAGUAAUUUCAAAAAGACCUUUUAUUUUUAUGCGAUUCUUGCCUCACAAAGUAUUUAAUAGUGAUUGGGACGUGUACAUAAUAACUGUUUAUUCUAAGUUAAAGACAGCUUUAGUUAUUUAGAAAUAAAUAAUCUUUUCUGCGGUCCAGUUUUGCUGGUCUUUUGAUACAGAUGCUUCUUUUUUCCAUACUUUUUUAUGCACUCUGCUUAGAGAACAAAGUUUAGAAUGCCUGUAGAGUGUGUCAUAUACGAGGGAUGCUGUCAGCUCUCUAGUCCCAUUAUUGAGAUUUGUUAGUUUUUCACAUUUUGCACAAGUUAAUUUUUUUUUAAAGAGCCAAAGCAAUGCUUAAUUUUAGAUUAGUUACUUUUUGAUGCAUUUGCUAUGCAACUUAAUGUAGUAAAGAAAAAAUUUUCAAAAACAUAUUUAUUGUACUUUUGAGAAUGUGUAACUAGAAGUGACAGCUCAAGAUUGGUUUCGGGGGGUGCACAGUUUGUAGGGAGUCAUUUAUAAAAAAAUAUAUAUAUUUGGGUGGUGGCUGUUGAAAUUAUCAAUAAGGUAAAGGGUAUUAUUUUUUAAAGGAAUGAACAGAAUACACCUGCCACACCCAUAUUUAAAUUUUGUAUAUAUUUAUGCAGGAAGAACAAUUUAACAAAUUUUGUAAUUGAAACUUUUUAUGCUCUAAAUAAAUACAAAUGUGAUUCUUUUUUUUAAAAUAAAUUUAUUUAUCAUCUUCAUAGUUUCAAUUUAAGAAUAAUCUUUUUUUUAAUUUAUUUUUUAAUAAAACAUUUUUGUUAACUUUUAAAUUUACUUUUAAUAUAAAGUUAUAGAACUGCUUAAAUCAAGAAACAAUAUACAUAGCAUGAAAAAUCUAUUGAUUUUUCUAGUUUAUGUGUAGCCAUGCAUGACAUGUUGUUAAUUUUACACUUUUCUUUGUUCACCUGUUUGUUACAAAAAGUUACAGCCCUCUAAUUCUUUCCAUAAAACUAUAACAAGAGUUCCUUUUCCCUAUUUACAACAUUUUGUUAAAUAUUUUUAAAUUUGAAAAUGUUCUGAAAAAAUUUUUUUUGUUGAAGCUCGUACUGAUAUGGUGGUGGCUAACAAAUAAGGAAAUAACUAUUUAUAUUAAAAAAAAAAAAAAAAUUAUCGUGGUGGUGGUGUGCAUAAUUUUUAGAAUGCUGCUGAAAACCAGACUAAAGAGGAACCACCAUGUGCCAUCAAUAUGAUCAGUGCUGCAAUGGUAGCCAAGCAAGCUGGGAUUGUUGUGAGUCUUCAGUCAUUCUAAUAGUUAAAUUAGUUUAUUCUUGAACAAAGGAGUUACAGAUGUACUGAGUUGUGGUAGUUUUUGCAUGCUUUGUUGUGCCAAGCCAUAUGCUUAUUUUAAGGGAAAUGAAAAUGCUUUGCAAAUUUGCUAAUUUAUAUCUUUGUAGUGCUGCUUUCCAUUUAAGUAUAAAACAAAUUCGCCAAGUGCAUGGACAAAUAAAACCCUUUUUUAAAAAAAAAAAAAGAUUUGCAAUAAUGAAAGGUAUCAGGUGUGCAUAGCUAAAAAAAUGAACCUAAUGGAUCAAGUUUUUCUUCUGGAAGGGGUAUCUUUUUACUUGUGUUUUGCUGAAUUUUUUCGCAUUUAGGGAAAAAAAUCAACUAGCAUUUUUUAUAUCUCUAUUAAAAAAAGAUGUUAUCAGACUACUUUUUGGUCAAAAGAAUUCCAAUGUUCGUAAAUAUCUUAACAUUGGCUUAGUAAGGUAAGCUAAACCAUAAUCAGAUUUCCGAUAAUUUAGUUUUAAAAUAACUAUGUGGUGGUUUUUUUUUUAGUAAAGAAUAAUAGAAAUUAAUCAUUAAAAAAUAGUUUUUGGUAUGGUAGUGAAAAAACAAAUACAAGAAAAAAAUCACUUAAGAAAAUAUUUUUUUUAUAAACAUGCAGAAUAAAUUAGGAAUACUUGUUCUUGCAGUUAUAAUAGAUAUGCCAAUACUCGCUUCAGGAACUACAGCAUUCAGCUUGCUGUGCAGCGGUUGUUAAUUUGAUUAUCAAUACAAAUGUAAUGAAAGGGAUCAUUUGUAAUUUCUUUUUUUUUUUUUAAAGUUUUACUUUCAACUUUUAAUUUUACUCUCCAAGUAUUGCCACUUGCGAGGUUAUACAAAUAAUGUAAUUCAGUUGGAAAGUUAAAUUUGGGAAAGCAUAACGACAAUAUAAUUGGUUUGCCAAAAAUAAUUUUAAAAAACACCCCUGAACAAUAAUAACACAAGAGCUUUAAAAGAUUUUUGCAUUAUAUAUUUUUUUUUUUAACAUGGGAGUUGAUUGUUGGCAAAUUUCUAAUUUUAGACAACCUCAACAUAUAAAAGUCAAGUUGAAAAGGGACGACCAAGCAUUAAAGUGGAAUUCCAAGGUGCUGGUGGUGAAGUGGUUGAACUCUGUGGGACGGUGGCAGGGGAUGUAAGCCUGCUUCUGUCUGUUCAAGGGAACAAAUUCAAGGUCCCAGCUUGUUUGGCGGGAGACGCCAUAGUGUAUAGAGUGGACAAACAAGUUACACUGGCUGAUAUUCUGCGUAAGUUAUUCUGUGCAUCUAUUAUGAUAGGGGUCAGCAGCCUACAGCACGCAGGCCAGACAUCGCUUACUUAGCGAUUUUCAUCGUCAUGCGGAAUACCAAAAAUUAAUUAUAAAUGACUAAAAAAAAUGCUGCUUAAAUGGUAGACUUAUAAGACAUUGGCACACUGAAUGAAUUAGAAAACUUACUUUGGCGAGCUACUAUCACAAGGUUGCUGAGUCCUGUAUUAUGAUACUUCAUUAUCCCAAUGUUUAAGUAUCAUUAUGCCAAUGAUGUCUAAUAAAUAUUUUCAAAAAUACCAGUACCCAACCAGUAACCUAAGCUAAUAUAAGUAAGUCAAUAUAUGUCCUUAGCAUAUACAAUGUGUGUGGUCGUGAUUAGGGAAAUAGUCUGUUUCAUUUGUUGAUUCCACCUUGCCCCAUCAACCAUUCUUCUACAUAUACAUACUUAUCCCUUUGACCCCAACUGGGGCAUAGGCCCUCUACAAGUGCUGUCCAUUCUUCUUGGUCCGGUCCUGUGGUUCACUUUCCAUUUGUAUCCAAUACUUUGUGUGUGUCUACCUCUAGCUCAUCUUUAUGUAUUCUUUGAUAUCCCACUCUUCUCUUCCUUUUUCCCUGGGUUCCCUGGGUGUUUACGCGUUGUGUGCUAUUGGCUUUGAAGCUUCCAGAAGACCCUGUGUUUGGCUACAAGGCUUCAUACCUUUUUUUGGGGAAGAAGAGCCCUCCUGUAACAGUUUGAAAUUGUUUGAUAUCCCUUUUACUUUUUUGGCCUCAUGCUAACCCACCUCCCUUUGCAUCAGGCUUGGGACUUUCCAUGGUGGAGUUUUCUACAUUCAUGGUUGCCAUUAUUUUUAUCUCAUGACCAAUUAAAAAAAAAAACUUACGUGCUAAAAUUUAAAAUUAUAGGACACUCAUUUCACAAAACAUCCCACCCACUUCAUCAUUGUUACCCAGUACUAAAGAUCUGCUAGAUCAGGGUGAAUUCUUUCCCUCAAAGUAAAGAUGUAGGAUAUAUUCCUAAAAUCUGUCAGAAAAUUACCACCGUGCUUCCCAGACUGCUAUCAGCCUUUAACUCAAUAUUGUUAUUAAGGAAGUGAGGUUUUACUACAUAUAAUGGCAAAUUUUUGCGCUUGGGAAAUGCUUAUGUUUUAAAUUGUUCCAUUUUAAUAAUUAUCUUAAUCAGAAUGUUUUAUCCAUAUGCUGAAAAUGAUUAAGUAUCAUUUAAUCAAAAUAUUUUCCAUUAAUUUGGUUCAAUGAAAGAAUCUUAUCUUAUUAAACAAAUAGGUAUAUUUCAGUGUUGGCCAGCAACUGCAGCAAAUUAUUUAAUCUAGGCUUCUUAAAUUUGAUUGGUUAUAUUAUAUUAUGCACAUGAGGACCAUCCAAAGACAAAUUAGUUACAGAUAUAAAGUGUCCAUGAUCUUGGAGAAAUACAAAAAUUAAGACUGUUCAAAAUUACAACUCACACUCAGGAACUCAAAAGUUAUACGAAAAACUCAAACAAGGAUUUUCAGGGCUGAAAAAUAAAUGUAUUAUGAAUGAAAAAAAAUAAAAUUACCAUUUAAGUGGCCCCAAAUUUUUUUUUUAUCUUACUUUAUUAUAUUGGUAUAGUAAACACCCCCCCCCCCCCCCCCCCCAAUAAUUAUUUUUUGCGACACAAUGUCUAAAACUAUCCUCUGUACAAACUUAAAGUGAAUGGGGCAUUAAAAGUGGCCACGGUAUCAUAUUAUUAUUAUUUGUUUCAACUCAUUGUUUUGACAGAGGCAGCAGGGAAAGAUGAGAUUGAAGUUUCAGCUGUAUCAGCAUCAGAAGUGAAAAACGGACAAGGAUUUGGGAUCAUCAGCUUGGAAUAUCCUGCAGUUAAAUCUCUGACAAACCUACAGCAGGUAGUCAGCAGUGCAUAUGUCUGUGCUUUGUAAUUUGGGGAGAUUUUUGUGUUUACAGAAUUUAACACCAGAUUAUUUUAAAUUUUGGUUCUUGCCGUCAGAAGUAUUGAAUUAGAAUUAAUUUUGACUUAUUGUGUUUAAAUGUUUUCCCAUCGCUUUUUUCCUUUAUACUUUGUCAUAGCUGCAUAUUGUUGCUGUCUUAGGAAUUCUAAAGAUUCUUUGAGACCAAAUAUAAUUAAACAGUUAAUAUAGCAACUUGCCAUGUCGGUAAUUGAAAAGUUUGAAUAUGUGAGUUAAAUUUAAUACAAUAUUUUUUAAAUUAACUUUUAAUUUAAUCAACUAUUAAAAAAAAAAAACAAAUAAAAGUUAAUAUGAGAUUCAGUAACAUAAAGGUUCUUUUAAAAAGUAAAAUUGAAUCAAUUCUUUGAUCCAUUCCAAUUCAUUCUCUGUAAUUCUUGUGCAGUGCUAAUAGAAUACUAGGGUCUGGAACGCAGCUCAUCUCCAUUCCAAGAGUUAUUUAUUUUUUUUGUAACCAAAGUUUUAUUUUUUAAUAAAUUGUGGGGAGCUGAGUGAAAGUGUGAAGUUUAUAGUCUGCUCUUUGUCAUUUAUAAAUGACCACACUUGUUGGUCUUAUGUCUGCUUGGUAUACAAUGCUAUAAUCCAUAGUCAUGGGUCUGAAACUUCAAAACUUUUAUUUCACUACGAAAAUUCAAUUUUAAGCUGUCUCUUUUUAAACAGAUUUGUUCAUUUGAUAAAUUUAGAGCUCAAAACUAAUUGAUUGUUUACUGCCCUCAAAUCUUCAAUAGAUUUAAAUAAGAUAAUAAAACAGACAUUUUUUGCCGAUGUGUAGUAUAAAAACCUAUAGUUUCUGAGUAAAUUUGAGGCAAUUUUCGAAGCUUUGCACCGUGUUCCAAUGAGUUCUUAUCAAUUCACAAAUGCAGAUACAAAUAAUUCUUUGGGAGACAUUUGACUAGAUGUCAAUAGAAUAGUUCUGAAUUACAAUUUUUUUUAGUGUAUAAUGUGAACCCUUGGCUGACGAAAUCAGUGUGCAGGCCUGAACAAUCAGAGUUUAUCAGUACCACAAAAAAAAAAUUAAAUGGCUAUUUUGAGUUCUGCUGGUUUAGUUCAUGGAACCCUAAAUGUGAUUUUUCAAUACAGUAACAUUAACAUUAUCUGCCCUGCCUAAAAACUUUAAUAUUUACCUCUAACCUGAUACCAUACUCUUCUUAAGUGAAAUCGUCACAAUAUUUGGCAGCCUCAAAUAGUGAUCUCAUAAAUUGCUUUCGAUACACACAUCACCAGAAAGCAUCACGAUUUAUCAACUAAUCUAGUAUAAAUGUUAGUUACAUGACAAAUUCCCUUUUUACAAUUUAUUUGUAUUUAUAACUUACUUUAUGUGAUAUACCAAUUUGAUUAGCUUUUUUUCUUCUUCCUCGUUUACUCUUCAAUGUUCAAAGCAUUUCAUUUGAAAGAAUACUAUUUUUUAAAAUGUGUAUUAUCCUUUAGUAUUUUUGUAAAAUUUAAGCAUUGAUGAUUUAGUGUUGUUUAAAAUGCAAGUUGUUGUUGCAAGCUGCUGAAAGCUUAUUGUUGAAUUCCAUAACUAACACCGGUUACAAGUGUACAAUCAGUCAUUAUUAGUCAUGUCAAGUCAAAGAACAAAGCACUGUGUGUGUGUUACAUUUGACACUGACUUGAGCUUUUUAAAAUAUCAUUUGUAAUGUGAAUAUAAGUAAAAUCUGGCUGACAGGGUUUCUUAAGAAAAAAAAAAAGGUUGUGAACUAUGGCAGAAUCUCAUAAUUGAGCACCAGGUGACUACAACAUUGUCUAACUGUAGCCAUUUCUUGAUUCUUCAUGGAUCAAGUUUACGAUAUUUUAUAAAGGAUUUCAGAAAAACACCAAAGCCAUUAAAGAAAUUCAUUACUUUCUAAAUUCAGGUCAGUUUUUGCUUAAAAUUCUGUUGGUCCAUCAUCCUAUUAAGCCAUAUUUAUUUAUGGGCUAAACAUGAUUGUGAGUAAAAGAAGACAAUCUUAAAAAUGAAAUUGACAGAGGUUUAGAUUUAAAAAUAAAUAGCAUAAAUUAUAAAAACCACAGUCCAUUUCAGAUUUCAUUGUGAUUGUUGUAAAUGUUUUCAUAAGUCUACAUUGAAUGCAUGUUGAUUUGUUUUUUUUGGGUAUGGUACAUGUAUGGUGAACUGUGAACAAUGUUAUUCAUGCUCUGCUAUGCAAAUAAAUCUAAGGAGAACAUUUUUAUGCCUUGUGUUCUAUCUUCCAAUCUUAGAAAUAUCCAAAUUUACUCAAAACACUUGAGGACAUAUUUCUUUUUCUCUUCC